AUGUCGUCAGGAACUGAAAUUCGCGAGGGGCAGAUGUCUGGAACACGAGAGGUACACGUCCGCUCCCAGAAUUGGUGCAGGAGCCUGAAUAAGUGGGGAGGUGAUGCGACCAGAGGGAAGAGCCGUGGUAUCACUCCUGAGCCGUUGAGUGGCGCUCCUAUGCUUGGGGCGACAUUGGCUAAGUUGGCGUCUUUAAAAGUGUUAGCUUCGGUUGUUGUUCGAUCAGAGAGUCAUACUUGCCUUGACGAUAGCUAUCUUCCGGUCCAACCCAAGCUUGCGUCACAGAAACAUCAGGUUCGCUUGGUGCGGUGUGCCAGGAGGCGGACCGGCCCAGAGGGGGAUCCGAGCUACCACCAGAUUGUUGACUACUUCGACUAUGCGCCGACUCGAGGUCGAGGAAGUUGUCGCUUUCUUCUUGACGCACCUGACAAGCUCUAUGGAUAUCUCCCGAGACUGUUCGGACAGAAAUAUAUUCUCACCAUCUGCCUGCUCGUACAUUUGCCUGCUUUCCCUGAGCAAGUCGUCCAGAACUUUCAUCUGAACGCUAGGAAAGCAGGUGUAGCACUUGGUGGCGGCAGAGGUGACCACUAUAAAAAACCCGACUACACUGGCAGCGAAUUUGAAGUGAUUUGCAGAGGUACUGUCCAUGAUCUCUGCGAGUGGCAAGACAUUGUUACAGAGGAUGUACAAGUUUAA